AUGAUACUCAAACUGAUUUUCUUGACAAUUUUGCCGCUGGCUGUUCUGAUUGUUGCUGCUGAAGAUGUUGCUGAAGAUCUGAUCUGUCCAUUCUACAAAAAAGAUGACACACCGUGCUUGAGAAGUGAUGAAUUCAAAAAGUUCUUGGAGAACAAUACCGAAGAGAUCAAUGCCAGACCGGACUUGCCAGAAAUCAAUGAGACUAAGAUGGAAAUUCGAGAGGUAGGUGCGGGAAUUGAACCUGGGACCUUGAUCUUCAAAACAGCCCUAACUCCCCCUCAAAAAAAUUAUCGAUUUUUUUUCAGCGCGAGGAAUGUUGUUACGAAGUUCAAUGCCUUACUGAAUGUCAAAUCAACCUUGAUAAAUUGGCCAAAAAAAGUAUUUUCGGAAAAAAAAACUUCAGAGAGCAUCUCGACAACAGUUUUGAUAGAUAUCCCGGAUUUUUCAGAGUGAGUUUGAUCUUCUGAUCUUUUCAGAUCAAAAAAAAUCGAAAAAUAUUUCAGAGCAUCGACUGGGAUGAAAUGGAUGCCUUCAGAUUCAAUGAGACUGAAAAAUUGGCCAAAAUCAAUAUGGAGCACUGGAAAAUCCGUGUAAUUCACUUGUACUUGAUUCAACGUGAAAUUUCAGAGUUCAAAAAUGACUUGGGUUUCUACCACAAAAAAUUGUAUGGAGCUGAGAAACCGGAAGAUUUUUAA